CCCCACGCCGCUGGCAUGGGCACGCGGCCCCACCACGGGGCUGCCCAGGGUUGUGCCUCCGGUGUGACCCCGCUGCCCCCCACAGCUGCCAAGCGGGUGCUGUGGCUGGAGAAGGAGGAGAAGGCGCGGCUGCUGCGGGAGAAGCAGCUGGAGGAGCGGCGCAAGCGGCUGGAGGAGCAGCGGCUGCGGGCAGAGAAGCGCCGGGCAGUCCUGGAGGAGCGGCAGAGGCAGAAGCUGGAGAAGAAUAAGGAGCGCUAUGAAGCAGCAAUCCAGCGGUCGGUCAAGAAGACRUGGGCAGAGAUCCGGCAGCAGCGGUGGUCCUGGGCUGGGGCCCUGCACCACGGCUCCCCCGCACACAAGGACGGUGCGAGCCGGUGCUCGGUGUCCGCUGUAAACCUCCCCAAACACGUCGACUCUAUAAUCAACAAGCGGCUCUCCAAAUCCUCCGCCACCCUCUGGAACUCUCCCAGUAGAAACCGGAGCUUGCAGCUGAGCCCGUGGGAGAGCAGCAUUGUGGACCGGCUGAUGACGCCCACCCUGUCCUUCCUCGCGCGCAGCCGGAGCGCCGUGACGCUGGCUGGGAACGGCAAGGAGCAGGUGCCCGUGUGCCCCCGCUCAGCCUCUGCCAGCCCCCUCAGCCCCUGCCACAACCACCGCCUGCCACACCGCUGCUGGGAGCGCCGGAAGGCGGCUGCCGCCAGCCCCGAUGUGACACCACGCCGCAGGACCGAGCCCUCGCCCAAAAAGAAGGAGAAGAAGGAGAAGGAUCGGGAGAACGCCAAGGAGCGCAGCGCCCUGUCCCGUGAGCGCAGCCUUAAGAAGCGGCAGACGCUGCCGGCGGCACAGCCCCGGCUCCUGCCCGCGGCUGACAGCAGCCCCGGCCCCAAGAACCGUCCUUCAUCACCUGCCGCCCCCAAGAACCGUCCCUCAUCCCCUGCCACCCCCAAGAAUCGUCCCUCGUCCCCUGCCACCCCCAAGAACCGUCCCUCGUCCCCUGCCACCCCCAAGGCCCGCCCGGCGUCUCCCAGCCCAGCCCUCAGCUCUCCCCACAAGCCUCCACUGCCUCGAAGCGCCCAUUCCUCCCCCAAAGUGCGGGCCAGGGCCCGGGAGGAGCGGGGGGAACAGGAGGGCCAAGCGAAGGUGCGGGAGAGAAAGGAGGAGGAGCGGGGUCCGGCACUCGUGGCCCUUCCCGAGCCYCCCAAGGUGCCCGCAGAGCCGACAGCAGGUGGGUACAGCGCAGCUGGGGGAGCCUCAGGGCUGGGAGAAGCCGGAGCAGCCCUGACUCUGCCUGUCCCCCCAGCCCCUGCUGCCCCCGGCCCUGUGCCGGCCAGCCCCCCAGCCAGACCGCCCGCUGGCACCACGGACCGGGAGGAGGCUGCCCGGCUGCUGGCGGAGAAGCGACGCCAGGCCCGGGAGCAGCGGGAGCGRGAGGAGCGGGAGCGCCGGGAGCAGGAGGAGCAGGAGAGGCGGGCGCAGGAGGAGCGGGCACAGCGGGCGGCCGAGGAGCAGAGCCGGAGGGAGGCCCUGGCACGGCAGCGUGAGGAGGAGCGGCGGCUGCAGGAGGAACGAGAGGCUCAGGACAGAGCUCGGGCUGAGCGAGAGGACAUGGAGCGGCUGCAGAGACAGAAGGAAGAGGCCGAGGCGAGGGCACGCGAAGAGGCCGAGCGGCAGCGCCUGGAGCGGGAGAAACACUUUCAGCGUGAGGAGCAAGAGCGGCUGGAGAGGAAGAAGCGCCUGGAGGAGAUCAUGAAGAGGACGCGCAAAUCGGACGCAGCGGACACCAAGAAGAAGGAGGACAAGAAGGUGGUGAACGGGAAAGCGGCCGAGCAGGAAGAUGUCCCAGGCCGCGAGAAGCACCUGGGGCCGAUCCCCAAGGCGGAGGAGCUCCCGGAGACRGAGACCCCGAGCGCAGGGACGCCGGGGGGCACGAAAGGCUUGGUGGGCGAGGGGCUGCAGCCGAGCUCCAAGGAGGCGGCGGCCCUGGUGAACGGCGUGCAGCCCGGCAAGCACGAGAACGGCUUCUCGGGCACCGAGGGCUCCAAGGAGCUGCGGGAUCUCUCCCACCACGGUGGCAGCCCCGGCAGCAUCAUCCCCUUCGGCGACAAGGAGCCYUUCCUCAAGCAGGCCGUGGUGAAGCCCCCACAGGUGACAGGUGAGCAGCGGGAAGGGUGCGGGGCGAUGGCACCGUGCCCACCCCAGGCUCACACCGCUCUCCUUGCCCUCAGAGGUGCUGUGAGGGCCUGGCCGAUGUCCCCAGGGGCCACUGCCCGCGCCCUGACCCCGGCGGCCCACGCUGACCCGUAGCUGUCAUCACAACACGACCCUCGCUGCUCCUCCCGGGCGCCCCGGGGGGCUGUGGGACCCCGGUGGGGACGCCUGGCUGCCCUCUCUUUGUUCUCGUUUUUAUUUCGUUUCGUUGGUUUUUUUUUUUUUUUUUAUUUUAAAUAUGCACCUUAUCAGACUGACAGCCCACCCUCGCAGCCCGCCGGAGCCGCCCCAGACGUGUGGUGUAAUGAUGUAGUUAUUUAACUCGCUGGGUACAACGUCUGUGAAUACUGUAAAUAGAGCCGGCCGGGCGUGGGGAUGCUCUGGGGGGCUCGGGGGGGGGGGUCACAGCUGCCUGUCCCCACGUCCCCCCGCAUGUCCGUGUGUCCGGUGUCCCCGGGCCCGGCUGGCAUCACGCUGCUCUGUGCCCUUGUGACAGUGUUAUGCAUCCAGACAACCUUUGACAACAAUUAAAAGUGGACAAUGC